UAUAAUAUGAGAACUUGGUCUUAGGGGCAGCCCCAGAAUUGCUACAGUAAUGACUUAGAACAACUUGAUUAGAAAUUAAUGAGAAAGGAGCUCCAAAGAACUUCAGUCUUUGAAAAUUAAAUUUCAUUUUUAUCAAAGUAAUGUAGGAGCAGCUAACACUGCUGUGACUUAGUGUGUGUAUCUGGAGAGGCAGGGGAGGGCCAAUGAAGCUUAUGGGGGAACCAACUCUGCUAUGGCCACCACCUUCACCCCUAACUUCCAUUUCCAUAGCACCCCUGCUCACCAUUGGCAUGGUGACUAGGUGGAUUGUUAAAAUAAGGAAGGAAAGAACUAUAUGAUUGUCUGGUGGGGGCAGGAGGAGAGAGCCAGCAGAGAGCAGAAGCCAAGGGAUGGAGUGGGAAGGGGAGUCACUAAGACACCAAGUGCUUGGACAUUCUGCUACAGGAAGAAAAGGAGAUGCAGGGAUGAAACCGGCCCUGUGUUUCAUUCCCUACAGAUCACCGGGACCUUGGUUUUCACUGUCUUCACUGCUGUACUGGGUUCCUUCCAGUUUGGAUAUGACAUUGGUGUGAUCAAUGCACCUCAAGAGGUAAUAAUAUCCCAUUAUGGAUACAUUUUGGGUAUUCCACUGGAUGACCGAAAAGCUAUUAACAACUAUACUAUCAAUAGUACAAAGGAAAUAACCACAGUUCCAUACCUAGGGGAUUCAAUACCAACACCUUUGGCAGAGGAAGAGACUACAGCAUCUACCAGCCUCAUCACCAUGCUCUGGUCCUUGUCUGUGUCUAGCUUUGCCGUUGGUGGAAUGAUUGCAUCAUUCUUUGGUGGGUGGCUAGGAGAUCAGCUUGGAAGAAUCAAAGCCAUGUUGGUAGCAAACAUUCUCUCAUUAGUUGGAGCUCUCCUGAUGGGGUUUUCAAAACUGGGACCAUCUCACAUUCUUAUAAUUUCAGGAAGAAGCAUAUCAGGACUCUACUGUGGACUAAUUUCAGGCUUGGUUCCAAUGUACAUUGGUGAAAUUGCUCCAACCACACUCAGGGGUGCUCUUGGCACACUUCACCAGCUGGCCAUUGUCACGGGCAUUCUUAUUAGUCAGAUUGUUGGCCUCAACUUUAUCCUGGGCAAUCAUGAGCGAUGGCAUAUCCUUCUUGGUUUGUCUGCUGUGCGAGCCAUCAUCCAGUCUCUGCUGCUCUUCUUCUGUCCAGAAAGUCCCAGGUACCUUUACAUCAAGUUGGAUGAAGAAGUCAAAGCAAAGAAAAGCUUGAAAAGACUCAGAGGAGGUGUUGAUGUCACCAAAGACAUCACUGAGAUGAAAAAAGAAAAAGAAGAAGCAUCCAGUGAACAGAAAGUCUCCAUAAUUCAGCUCUUCACCAAUUCUAGCUACCGACAGCCUAUUCUAGUAGCACUGAUGCUACACGUGGCUCAGCAAUUUUCUGGAAUCAAUGGGAUCUUUUACUACUCAACCAGCAUUUUUCAGACAGCUGGAAUCAGCCAACCUGUUUAUGCAACCAUUGGAGUUGGUGCCAUCAACAUGGUUUUCACUGCUCUCUCUGUAUUCCUUGUGGAGAAGGCAGGGCGACGCUCUCUGUUUCUAAUAGGAAUGAGUGGGAUGUUUGUCUGUGCCAUCUUCAUGUCUGUGGGACUUAUACUACUGGAUAAGCUGGCUUGGAUGAGUUAUGUGAGCAUGGUAGCCAUUUUCCUCUUCGUCAGUUUCUUCGAGAUUGGGCCUGGCCCCAUCCCUUGGUUCAUGGUGGCAGAGUUCUUCAGUCAAGGACCACGGCCUGCUGCUUUAGCAAUAGCUGCAUUUAGCAACUGGACAUGCAAUUUCAUUGUAGCUCUGUGUUUCCAAUACAUUGCGAAAUUCUGUGGACCUUAUGUGUUUUUCCUCUUUGCUGGAGUGGUCCUGGUCUUUACUCUGUUUACAUAUUUCAAAGUCCCAGAAACCAAAGGAAAGUCCUUUGAGGAAAUUGCAGCAGAAUUCCGAAAGAAGAGUAGCUCAGCUAAAGUGCCAAAAGCUGCUGUGGAAAUGGAAUUCCUUGGAGCUACAGAGACUGUGUGAAGAUAACCUGCUUUUUUGACAAGAACAGAAACAGGAAGAAAGUUGUGUGUUUUUAAUUGAUGAUUCUUUGAGAAUUUUAUAUCCAUGUCUUAAAGAAUUGUUUUAUUUUUUUAGAGAGCUUUUAUGGGCUCUUCUCAGAAAUGUCAUAAAAAUUACCAAAGAAAGUAUUUUUUUUUAAGUUAGAGCAUCUAUUUUUGAUAGUAAGAUUCUAUAAUUAAAUGAACCAAAAAGUCUAGCUUAUUUUACUACAACAAAGAGCAAGUACAUUAUAAUGUUCGAGCUCUAUUCUUUAUAAUGAGGUUCUCCUGAAAUGGAAGCAGUUCCAAUGUAUCAUGUUAUUGUUUCAUUAAGCAUGUGACUGGAAACCUGAAGCUGCAGCUCAUUUACAUAUUUGAAUAUGAUUAUGUUUGCAUUUUCUUACCCACAGACCUCAUAAUAAAGGAGCUUUGGCUAGUGGUAAUAAGGUCCAUGUUAAAAUUGAUAAAUUUUCUAUUUUCUCCCACUUAGCCUUUUCUUUAUUAGAAUUUUUAUUUUGUUUAAAAUUUUAUUUUUUUCUGUCUUUUCAUGUGGAAUGGUUUAUUGAGUAUAUUAAGAUAUGUUCAUAAAGAAAAACUUUUGUUUUUGGUAGGCUUACCAAAUCUUCUGGGACUCA